AUGACGGUGCUUGCCGUUAAGAGCAAGUAUAACGCUGAAUUUCGGCGGUUUCAUUUGGACCGUUCGGUUGUUACGACAUUCGCUGACCUGUACAGGAUCGUAGAAAAAGCACACGGGCUAUAUAAUGCUCAUUUUAUACUGCAAUACGUCGAUCCGAAGGAAAAUACGUUACUUCCAAUAAAUAACGAUAAAAAUUGUGAACGAGCUCUAGCAGUUGCAUCAGAUCCUCUUAGACUUUUGAUACAGCUCAAGGGCGAGAGUUAUGGCGAAAUUAAGGGCUAUAAGUCACCGGGAACGGUUUUCCUGCGAAAGAAGCCAGCAGACAUUGUUAGGUCGAUUGGGUCCGAGAAGAUCAAACCUGGGCAUCAGUCAAUAAUAUUGUGCGAUGACUUUCAUAAGGUUUCGUCGAUAAUUGAUGAUGGCACACUUCCGGAAUGCAUGCGGAGAGUGCACCUUAUCAGGACUGGGUCGAAGCCGCUGGGAUUCUACAUUCGUGACGGAUUUAGCAUUCGUGCCACACCAACAGGAGUACAGCCCGUCCCGGGAAUUUUCAUUUCUCGUCUCCUGCCCGGCGGUUUGGCUGAGUCCACUGGUCUCUUGGCCGUGAAAGACGAAGUUAUUGAGGUCAAUGGCAUUGAAGUGUACGGCAAGACACUGGACCAAGUGACUGAUAUGAUGGUUGCUAACAGCUCCAACCUUAUCAUCACUGUGAAGCCUUUCAACCAGAAGACUUGCAUUCAUCGAACCAAGUUUAUGGCUCCAGUCUCGGCCGUUGCGGGAUCGGUAUCGAACCAAGGGUCCGCUGCCAGUACGAGCCAUCACUCUUCCGCUUCUUCGUCGUCGACAGCAGCGGGCGUAGCGGAAGUACGGAGACAGGUCCUCCCAUCCCGCGACUCCCCAAAGUCGCCAGUGCAAGCUCAUACUGUGCCUGAGGUGCCGGGUACCAUUGAUAUUUGA